AUGGGACUGAAUCUUCUUAAUCAAUUAAAGAUUACAAAUAAUCACAUAUACUCAAAUAUCGAACCAGCAGAUUUAAAUAAACGAAGUAUUAGAAUAAAACCAAUCAAUAAUUAUAACAUACGAAAGUUAGUUAAAAAGACAAGAGAUAAUAACAAUGAUAUAUCAAUUAGAGAAAUAACACCAAGCACCAAUUUGAUCUCCUCGCCCAAUAUUUCAAUCAACUCAAAUUCUGAUACUCAAUUUGUUAUCACCAUUAAAUAUAAUUCAAACUUACUACUACAGCAUAAUAAACAGAAAUCAAUUGAGGAACGAGAGUUACCAUAUAAAGGAAUAUUGAAAUAUCCAGAUUGUAUAAUAAAUGACACUGAUCCAACAAAAGAAGAUCGAAGGAAAUUUGAAAUUUUACACCAAGAAGGAAUAAAAUUAAGAGAUCAAACUACUACUACCAUAAAUGAAGAAUCAUCAAUAGAUCAAGAAUCAACACCAAUACCGAUAUCAAAUCUAAAUAAGGCAAAAAUUAGUAGGAUAGUUUUUCGAAAUUUUGAAAUUAAUACUUGGUAUAUUGCACCAUAUCCAGAAGAAUAUUCACAAUGUGAAACAUUAUACAUUUGUGAAUAUUGUUUAAAGUACAUGAAUAGUCCCAUAUCUUAUAAACGACACCAGUUAAAAAAUUGCAAUUUUUCAAAUAAUCACCCACCAGGAAUUGAAAUUUAUCGAGAUAAGACUAAUAAUAUAUCCAUUUGGGAAGUUGAUGGGAGGAAGAAUAUCAACUACUGUCAGAAUUUAUGCUUAUUAGCCAAGUUAUUCUUAAAUUCCAAGACUUUAUAUUAUGAUGUUGAACCAUUUAUAUUUUAUGUAUUGACUGAGAUAGAUUCAACCAAUUCAAAUAAUUAUCAUUUUGUUGGAUAUUUUUCAAAAGAAAAGUUGAAUAAUUCAGAUUAUAACGUUUCUUGUAUCUUAACUUUACCAAUUUAUCAAAGAAAGGGUUACGGGAAUCUAUUAAUUGAUUUUAGUUAUCUAUUAAGUCGAAAUGAAUUUAAAUUUGGUACUCCAGAGAAACCAUUAAGUGAUUUAGGUUUAUUAAGUUAUAAAAAUUAUUGGAGGAUUACAACUGCUUAUAAAUUGAAAUUAUUAGUCGAUAAAUAUGGAUCAAACUUUAACAUAUCGAUAGAAACAUUAUGUAAAUUGACUGGAAUGAUUGCAAGUGAUGUUAUAGUUGGUUUAGAACAAUUGAAUGGGCUUGUAAAGAAUCCAAUAACGAAUAAGUAUGCACUUGCAAUCAAUUUAAAAAAAAUAAAUGCUGAAAUUGAUAAAUGGGAGGCUAAAAAUUAUGUUAAACUUGAUUAUUCAAAAUUAUUGUGGAAACCAAUGUUAUUUGGACCAAGUGGUGGUAUUAAUUCAGCACCGGCUCAGGUCAAAUCAAAUGUAAUUCCACAUAAUAGUAUAUCAUUAAUUGCAAAUUUCCUUAAGGAUGAUAUAAAUAAUCCAUAUACUUUUGAAGAAGAAAGUUUUAAAGAAAUUGAGAUGUUUAAUGAGAUGAAUAAUAAUGAGACUAAUGAGACUCAUGAGAGUAUUAAUGAGUAUAUUGUAUGUUAUCCUGGUCAAACUCAACCAUCAAAGAAACGAAUACAGAGAAAACCAAUAUCUAAAAAACCAACAUCCAAAAAACCAAUAUCUAAAAGACCGAAACGAAGAAUUAUUAUUGAAGAUGAAGAAUUUAUAGAUAAUGAAAACGAUGAACCUGAAUUUAUACCUGAAGAAGUAAAUAAUGUAGUGGACGAGGAUGUUAUCGAGGGUGAAGAAGAAGAGGACGAUUUUGUUGGAUGGAGGAAAAGAACAUCUCCAUUAAUAAGGAAAACUAUUAAUGUAUUAGCUAAUGAUAAUAAGCCAAGAGGUAGGGGUAGACCAAAAGGUACUUUCAAAUUAAAAUAG